CUGUAGUGCCGUCAUCGUCUAUCCAGACCGUUCAGUCACCGUUGCGUGCUCGAUGUGUAUAGUGAUCAACCGCGUAGAUCUACUGCCGUAACGGACUGAUCGCACGUGGACUUGUAUAUUAUAGUGAUUGCUCGCUGCCGGCUUAUUAUUAUUAUCAUUAUAUACAAUAUAUUUAUUUGUUUUUUGUUUUUAAUACUUCCGACAUCGAUUGCAUAGCACCGGUCAUCGGCUUUAUCGCAGAUUACCACAUGUGCUACGAAUUAUUUACAGCAGUAUUUGAAGUGUAAUGGGUGCGUGUGUCUUCAGAGAUGCACAAAUGGCUGCAAUUGCCGGCCAAUCCUACAGACGAUCCGCUGGCCACUGUUUAUCCAAUCAAUCACUACAAGAAGUCCCAUGUCUACGCUGUUACUAGAAUAAAUCCGAUUUACGUGGACGACGAGAACGUGCACCACAACAAUAAUGAAACGUGGAAGAACAAGAGCGGCAGUUCCGGGUACGACAGCCAACCGCACUCGGACCACUCAAGCUUGGACAAGGGUUCGCCGCCGGCCACCAAGUGCCUGAGGAACGGAUCGACGCCGCCGUCGUCGGACGGAUCGUCGGGCAGUCCGGUGCAGAGGACGGCGGCGCCUUGGCUGCUGUCGCCCAUCAAGGAGGGCAUCAUCGAUGUGCAUCAAUACUGCAUACCGCGGCCGGUGUGGCCGGGUCACGCGGACGGCGGCUUGCACAGUUACCCCGCGGACUCGGAUCGCAUACCGCGAGUCAAGUGCUGCAGGCACUGCGCCCGUUGCCGGUGCCGCAGCAACAGCACCAGCAGCACCAGCACCAGUAGCACCAACAGCGGUGGCAAGAUUGCGGGCGACGGCGGCGGCGGCGGCGGCUGCAGCAGCGGCAGCUUUUCCGGGUACUCGUCUGCGUUCGGCGGUGGCACCAUCAGCACCGGCAGCACGAGCACCACCUCCAGUGGCGGCCGCGGCGGCGACGCAGGACUGUGUUUGGACGACGUCAACCCGUCGCCCGCCGGCAACGGUCCGGUCGUUUCCAAUCAGUCGCCACUGACGUUGGACCCGCGUUUCAGCGACGGCGUUGGCAUCAACAAAGUUCUGGUGGACAACUGGAAUUCCGUGGACCUGAGGCUCAAUCAAAAGACUGAUAACCUACACUACGAUUGCGGCGCCAUGUUACGCGGACUGCAAUUCACGUUGGACACGCAACAAGCCGAAAAGUUGAUGCAGAAGAUCAAAGUGGGGAAGAAGCAUAGGUGUUGGUGUCGCUUCAUCACCGCGUGCGUGGGUCUGAUCAUGUUCCUCGUGUCCGUGGUCACCGUGAGCCUCACGCUAACCAGGGGACAAAAAAUGUUCGGCUCUCUCUGAUGACAUCGUAUUCUAACUCUCGUCUCUCAAAUAACGUAAUAACAAUAAUAAUAUUAUUUAUAAUACACGAUAUACGUAUUGAUUAUUAUUAUUAUUGUUAUUGUAUCGUUAAAUAUAAAAUUAUUAUUAUUUAUUAAUACAUGAUCAUUGUUAAUAAAUUCUCAUACCGUUUGUACGUACAUUAAAUCACAUUGUACAAAUAUUUGUGACAUUCCACAAACGUACUGUGAAAAUAGCAUGGUUAUCAGUUGUAACUUAUAAAUUUUAGUUAUAAUAUUUAUACAUAUAUCCAUAAAAUAUAUUAUAUAAUUUAUAUAUUAUACAUUAUCAUAUCACAGCA